GCCAGCACGUCUAGCCAGCUCGAAGUGCCACGACUUCACAGCAGACCACGGAUUCUCCAGCGGAGUGAGGGGGAGAGCUUUGGAAAAAAAGCAACUUAGCGAUAUAGCUGGAUAAAUAGGUAGCUUUGCGCAAAAGUCACUUCAUUUGCAACUCAAAGCCUUUUGCCCUCUCUCCAUUUCCCUUUGAAGCAAACAGACGCAGCUGCAUCACCAGCGAGGUUUACUGAAUUGAACAAUGGAUAUCUAUGACACCCAGACCCUUGGGAUAAUGGUGUUUGGUGGAUUCAUGGUGAUCUCGGCCGUCGGGAUUGUUCUUGUCUCCACCUUCUCCAUGAAGGAGACCUCUUAUGAGGAGGCCCUUGCCAAACAACGCAAAGAGUUAGGUAAGAUACAGGCUGUUCGCGCGGAGAAAAAGAAGAAGGACAAAGUGUCAGAGAAAAAGACCCGUGGAAAGAAGAAAGAAGAAAAGCCCAAUGGAAAGAUCCCAGAACAGGAAAAAACCGAAGAAGCUGCUGAUGCUGACGCAGUCAUCGAGCCUGCCGUUGCCCCAGUUGUAGCUGCUGCUUCUGCUCCUGCUACUGUCCCUGAGCCUGUCCCUGUCCCUGCUUUUGAGGUUAAGCCAACUCCAGCCCCAAUGCCAGCAGAGACCCAGGCCAAGACUUCAGCUGAACCAAGCCCUGCUGCCGAACCCUCACCUGCACCCUCACCUAAAGAGAAAAAGAAGAAGAAGGUGGCUAAGGUCGAGCCAGCCUCAGCCCAGCCAGCUCCACUUGUGUCUGCCCCUGCACCAGUCAAGUCCUCCGCAGUCCCUGCAUCAACCCAGGCCCCUUUGUCUGCCCCAGCGAAAGCAACUGCCCCAUCCUCCACACCUGCCCCAGCCAAGGCUGCCGCCGCAUCAGCUAAGUCUGCACCUGCACCAGCUAAGUCUGCUCCUGCAUCAUCCAAAUCUGCCCCUUCUGUUGUUCCUGCAUCAGCUAAGUCUGCCCCUGCCCCAGCCAAAUCUGCCCUGGCACCCGCGAAGGCUGCACCGGCCCCAGCCAAGUCUUCUGCAGCCCCGGCCAAAUCUUCACCAGCUCCAUCAAAGACUGCCCCAGUGCUGGAGGCUGUCACUAAAGACGUCCCAGUGAUGGCAGUGCCCCCAGUGGGAUCGCAGCAGGCUCCCACUGUUGCAGCAAAAGCACAGGAGACCAAGAAGAAGUCCUCCAAGAAAAAGACUGAGCCUGCAGCGGUGGAUUCUGCUGAUGCUCCGCUGUACCUGCCCUACAAGGCUCUGGUGUCCACGAUCAGUAGCAUGGUGUUCAGUGAGGGAGAGGCUCACAAGCUCAUCGAGAUCCUGUCCGAGAAAGCUGGCAUCAUUCAGGACACCUGGCACAUGGCCACUCAGAAAGGAGACCCGGUAGCCGUGCUGAAGAAACAACUGGAGGAGAGGGAAAAACAGCUGGCAGCAGAACAAGAGGACGCAUCUGCAGCAAAGAACCGUCUGAGAGAACUCACUAAGGAGCUGUCUGCUGAGAAGUCCAAGGUGGCCAGUGUGGAGACGAGGCUGAGUUCCCAGCUGAGUAAGAGGGAGCAAGAAAUGAUUGCUCUGCAGUCUCGCAUGCAGGCCAGUUACCAGGACCAUGUAGCCCAGACCCAGAGGCUCAAUGCAAAGAUCCUGAGCCUGCAGGACCAGCUGGAAAAAGGCCCCAAUGCCCAACUUGCCCGUCUUCAGCAGGAGAACUCCAUUCUCCGCGAUGCCCUCAACCAAGCCACCAGUCAGGCUGAGAGCAAACAAAAUGCGGAGCUGGCCAAGCUGCGUCAGGAAUGCACAAAGUUAACCAAGGAACUUGGAGAGAAGACAGAAAGUCUCCUUGCUGAUGAGCACAUCAGGAAAGGGCUGGAGGCCAAGCUCUCUGCUGCUGAGAAGCAGCUCUCCUUGCUGCAGGCCAGCAGUUCAGAGAGUGAGCAGGCGCUACAGAGGAGGUUGGAGGAGGUGUGUGAAGAGCUCAGAACAACACAAAGUAGAAACAGCAGCCUGCAGGCCACCUUGGACAAGGCUCAGCAGGACAGCAGCACACUCUCAGAAUUUCAAGUGCGUACAGGGAGAUUGGAGGAGGAGAUCAGGGAGCGCUGUGCUCAGGUAGAUGCCCUCAACACCCAGCUGGAGGAGACACAGGCAGAGAAAAACCAGCUUAUACAGCAGGUGGCUUCCAUCAACUCGCUGCUGGAGGACAGUCAGACUAAAAAGGAGGAGGAUUGCAGUCAGGUGAAUACCGCAGAGCUGGAACAGCUGAAGCUCAGCCUUCAGGAGAGAGACAGCCAGUUGAGCACACUUCACGAGGAACUGAAGCAACUGCAGAUCAAGCAGGAAGCUGCCGAGAACACUGUUGUUGAGCUUCAGCAAAGAAAUAAGAGUGAGGAUGCCAGUCUUAUCACUUCACUUCAGGAUGAACUUAAAAACCUCAAAGAAGAGAUGGUGCAACUUAAGAGCACACCACAGUCGGAUAGCUCUGCAGAGCUCGGACAGCUACAGAACAGCCUGACUGAGAAGGAUGCCCUCGUCACGUCACUACAAGAGCAGCUGAGAGAAGUGAGAGAAAAGAUGACCACUGAUGCUAACAUCACGGCACAGCUGACAGCUCUUCAAACUGAAACCAAAGAAACUCUCCAGACGCUCUUCCCACAGAUACCCUUAGAGACAGAGCAGUCCAACUGGUUACAAGUAUUUACACAGAAAGCUCAGGAGGCUCUCAGCCAGCAGAGCCAGGAGUCCCAGUCAAGCACAGCGUUGCCGGAGCUGCUUGAGAAACUGAAGGAGGCUGAGGAGAGCCAUGGCUCACUGCAGGCUGAAUGUGAACAGUACAGGACGGUCCUGGCUGAAACAGAAGGAAUGCUGAAACAUCUGCAGAAGAGUGUGGAAGAGGAAGAGCUGGUAUGGAAGUCCAAGAUGGCUAACUCGGAGGAACAGCUGAGGGCUGCUUUGGAGAAAGUCAGCAAGCUGGAGGCAGAAAACCAAAGUGUAGAACAGCUGAAGGAGCAGAUGAUGCUUCUGGAAGCCCAGCUGGAGAAGCAGUCAGACAACCAGGGGACCUCAGAUGAGCCUGUUCAGGAGCUGAAGCUGCAGCUGUUAGAGAGUCAGAGCCAGCUGGAUUUGGCCCAGAAGGAAUCCCAGGCACACAAGGAGGAGCUUUCACAGGUCAGAGAGCAGCUGGGCGAGAUCAUGAUGCGGGCUCAGCGCGAACAGAAUGGCCCAGCUGAGGCUCAACCCAGUCAGGCCCAGAAAACUAUUGCAGAACUUCAGGCUCAGCUGGAUCUCCUUAAAGUUUCUGCGGAGUCGCCACAAACUGAGACAGAGGAUGUUGCUCAGCUCAAGGAGCGCCUGGAGAAGGAGAAGAAGCUGUCCAAGGAUUUGGGCCAGGCAGCCACCAAGCUCCAGCAGCUUCUCAAAGCCACUCAGGAGCAGCUUACCAAAGAGAGAGACACAGUGAGAACACUACAGGAGCACCUGGAAGGCAAGGGAGACUAUGUCGAGCUGAAAGAAGGAACGUCUGUCUGACAGGAAGUUUACUGCAGACACGACACAGAACUGCCAAAUAUGCCUUAUGAUUACCAUAGUUAUGCAUUCCAAAACAAUUUCUUUCUUGUACUGUAGUUGAUUGCAUUUGUUGCAACUGUAGAAAUCAUGUUUGAUAAUAUGAACAUGUCAAAGUCAGAUUAGAAGAGAGAAUCCUGCUGCAGUCUUUACUGAAACACACAUUCCAUCAACGAUUCUGGCUAUGUCAGAAGUUAUUUAUCCCCCUGCCUUAUAUUCCAAACAUUUCCCCAUAGUUCAGUGUUAAAAGGGAAACCGAUUGUACGUCAAACGUACAUCAACCUGUGCAAUUACUUUGUAUGUCUUUUCUAUGUGGUUGAAUGAUGGGAACAUUUUAUGGUUCAAUGAUGCAGUACCUUUAGGGCCUGCUUUCCUCUGUAGCUGGCUGCCAAUAACAAACAUUGAAUUUGAAUUUGUAUGAAUGAAUAAACUACAGUGUCGCUCUA